AUGUACUUAUGGAAUCUUGCAGUAAGAAAGAGUUGCCUUGGUGAUAUCAAGUAUGUUCUUAAGAGCAGCUUGAUGGGCCUUCCUGUGUUUGGCUGGGGAUUUCAUGUCUUGGAAUUCAUUUCAGUGGAGAGGAAGUGGGAGGUUGAUCAACCUGUUUUGCACCAAAUGCUUUCGACUCUCAAGAAUCCUCAAGAUCCCUUAUGGCUCGCUCUUUUCCCCGAAGGAACUGAUUUUACUGAAGAGAAAUGUAAGAGGAGUCAAGAAUAUGCGAGUAAAGCUGGCCUGCCAAAACUCACUAAUGUGUUGCUCCCUAAAACAAAGGGUUUUUCCAUUUGCUUGGAAGCUUUAAGGGACACCAUAGAUGCAGUGUAUGAUGUGAGUAUUGCAUACAAGCAUAAUCUGCCUUCCUUCUUGGACAAUGUUUUUGGGGUUGAUCCCUCAGAGAUUCGAGUCCAAGGACAAGCUCCUAUCGCAGUUUAAAGCACAAGGUCGUUUCCCUGAUCAACUCAUGGAACAACAACAACAAUUUCCAUCGCUCAACUGUCUGUUCAACUCUGUGCUUGUGUUUUGCCUUACUGCAUUCUUU